AGAAAAAGAACACACACUCACAAUUGAAGGCGAGAUUAGACACUUGGUCUUUUUGUUUUUAUAUUUGUAGAAAAGAAAGUGGGUGACCAGUUCAUCUAUAGAUUAGUUUACACAAAGAAACAAUUAUAUACAAUGGUCAACAGAUGGAGGUCGGUGAUAUUUCACUGUUUCUGGUUCAACUGAUGGUCCGAUCAAGUGAGAAUUUCUGUUUCUGAUUCACCUGAGAUGAUCUAAGGACUGUCAACGAUUGUGGCACCAAUCAGAAACAUGGAUACAUUAAAUAGCGAUCUUUUCUACGAUAUACUGAGACGUCUAGACGGUGCAACAUUAGCUAGCGCAGCGUGUGCUUGUGUGGCAUUCAGUGCCAUCUCGAAAGAAGAACGAUUAUGGGAAGAUGUAUGUUCUUCAAUGUGGCCUUCAACGAAACGGGAAGAUGUCAAAAGUUUAAUAUCGUCCAUCGGAGGGUUUAAAAAGUUCUAUGCGGAUUGUUUCCCGCUUAUUGUAAACAAAGAUGUUCCUGAAGUUAGAUGGCGAGAUUAUCCUGAAGAAUGGUCCGAAGAUGAAUAUUACAGUGAUGAUGAUGAUGAGUUAGAAAACGUUUCGCCAUCUGAUUUUGUGUCGAUUGUGGAUAUCAGAUAUAAAGAAAAGACUAUUUGUUCGAAAGUCGUAUGGGGGAUACCGAACGCGAGUGCUUAUGAUCGUUGGUUUUCUGAUUGCCCGUUCAGAAUCGAUCUUUUCACAUAUUCGGUUAGAAAUGAUGAUGAUCAUCCAGGCGAAGUUACUCUUUCGGUUUCCGAUGGUCUGCCGCCCGUAACCUCCAUCGAAAAAGAGAGAAAAGACGGAAAACUAUGGCACGAGCUUCGAGACGGGAUCCGACUGAGUUGGAUAAUCGUGAAUCCGAAAGCCAAACAAUCCGCAAAUCUAUCAAGCUGGUCCGCGCUCGAUGGUCAAAGACACUGGCCAACGAACAAAGACUUCAUGUUACAUUUCGGAACCGUCGUCCCCGCCAAAGACAUCCUUCCUUGUCGGGUCGUCAAAUGCAUCAUCGGGAUGAAGUUUCGAGUGAGCCAUGUUGAGGGUAGCGGGACCCACACGAGGCUCGAGUUAACGGAAGUGUGUUUGCAGUUGGGAGACAUGGAAGGUGGGCAUGUGAAUGGAAGAAAGAGUUUGAUGGUGCUGAAAGAAGCAUUGAGGUGCGAUAGGAGCAAAAACUAUGGUUUGGUGGUUGAGUCUUGUGAGUUGUAUGCAAGAGUGCAAAGUGAGAUUAAAGAAGAGAAGAUUAGAUAUGAAAAUAGGUUGGAAAAAAUGUGUGUUUUUGGUGGGAUUAUGAGUUUGAUUGUGUUAUGUUGCUAUUUUAUGUGAAGUAGAAUAAUGGGAGGUUACAUGUAGAUAUGUCAUUUGUUAAAUGUAUGUUUUGAUGGAGGUGGGAAUCUGAGCAAUCUGUU